AUGCCUCCAAUUGAUCCGCAACAGCUGUUGAAGGCCCUUGGUCCUCUUCUCACAAAUUCUGGAGGCCUGAAAGGAGCACAGGAGGCUUCUCGAGUUGCGAGCUUGAUGAAAGAUGCCAGCAAAUUGGUGACACGAUGCGUUUAUCUCAACAUUCUUAGAGCUACAGAAUCCAAGGAUGCGUCACAGAAGUUUUUGGAAGUUGGUGGCUGGGAUAUAUUGAAUAACUGGUUGGAAGUGGCUCGAGAGGAUAAUAAUGAGCCACUUUUGGGUGAAAUAUUGGAGGUAUACCAGACGCUGCCGGUGACUGUUGGGCUGUUGAAACAGAACAGUGCAGCAAAGACAAUCAAGCAGCUGAGUAAAGCAGAAAAAGAAAAGAUCAAGACACUAUCCAUGGCCCUGGUUGAGAGGUGGACCCGGAUCAUCAGAGAGCAGAACAGUGCGGCAGAGAACCAGGAAGAAGACAAGAGAAAACAGAAAAAGAACAAGGAGAAAAACAGAUUAAGAGAGAAGGAAAUGGAGAAAAAUGAUAAAGAAAAUGACAAAAAAGAUGGGAAAGAGUCUGAGAAAUCCAGAAAUCGUGAACGAGACUCUAAAGAAAAAGACUCAAGAGACAAAGACUCUAAAGAUAAAGAUUCUAGAGACAAAGAUUCUAGAGAUUCUAAAGAUAAAGAUCAUUCUCAUAAAGACAGAAAAGACAAAAGCAGGUAUAGAGAGAAGGACAGAGAGCAGGAUAAGGCUAAGCGAGAGAAAUCAAAGUCCAGUUCAAGCAGUAAAGAAUCAUCUUCAUCGUCAUCAGCAUUAUCGUCUCUUAAAAACCAGUCGUCAGAUUUGUCAUCCAAUAAGAGCAAAGACUCUAAUAGUGUUGCUAGCAAAGUAUCAUCAGUCGAUGAUGUUAAAACAUCUACCUCAGCUUCGACUACCACACUGAAUAAUAAACUUCCCGAGUCGGAUUUCUUGAAGGAUGAACCACGGCGGCCCAAAACCGUCAAAAUGUUGGGGACAAAGUUCAGGUCGACGGGCCUAUUUGAUGAAGAGGAUGAUGAUGAGGGAGAGACAGUGACCAGGAAAGCAGAAAAACCACCAGUGAAGAGAGUUGGUGUGGACACCAAAAUGGAAGAGUCCUCAGAGAAGAAACCAAGACUUCACUUGUCGAUGCCCACCCUCACUCCAUCAAAUAUGGAAACAGCAUCGACUACGCCACCGGAAGUUACUCACGGCAGAAUAAAACUCAUAGCACCAAAAAGACCUCCAGCCCAUGAGAUUCAAGAAAGCAGUGUGUUUAUCGAUGCCUUGCAGCAGGCUACUUACUCCAGCGGCAUCAAGAGAAAGAAGAAGAACAGCUCUCCCUCCGUCACCACGGCUCCAGUCACGUUCAAAAAUUCCUCCGCCACAUCACCACCAUCAGCAUCUUCUCCGCCCUGUGCGUCGUCCCCGCCUCCCAACACACAAGUUAGCGAAGCUGGUCCUAUGUCUCCGCCGUUGUUGUCGCCCACCACCGUUAUGGCACAGAAACUGCCAUCAGUACCAUCGUUCUAUCGGGAUACGCUGGAAGAUGUGCCUGAAAGUACAGGUGUUAGCAAAAAGGAGUCGGAACCCGACAGUGACAGUCCUCCUCCUUUGGUGAAGGUGGAUUCAGCAGACGCCGAAGUGGAGAAUGAAACCAGAGCAGGAGAGGAGUUGAUGGAUACAAAUGAAGACAAAUCAGGUUUUUUAGAAUCACAGCAAAAGCCGGCCAGUGACAAGAAAUCUAAAAAGUCUGUCUCUUGGGCUAGAGAAGCCUGCCUGGAAGAGAUUUUCUAUUUUGAAAUGGAUGAAACAGAGAGGGAAAAUGUCAAUCGGCCAAAGAGUUUUAUGGACAUGAAGAAGGCAGAGAUGUUGCUGGAUCGACGUGCAAUGGAAUCAGCCAAGCGCUUCAACAAUGACACAAUGGUGGAAGUGUUGCCAUGGAGGCAUCCGAAGCCAAUAGACAAUGUGAUAGUGUUGGUAGAGUCUGGAUGUAACAGUGCGGAGAAGCAUGUGCAGAUGAAGAGGGAGCAGGGUGUGCUGUGUGCACUGUUCUUCAACAAAGUGCCAGACACACCUAUCGAGCCUGACCCAGACACAUCCACCGAUAAAGUGGAGACCAAAAUCAUUCCCCUGGAAGAUGAGAAUGGCUCUUGUACAGAAUACAAACAUACCUACAACUUCAACGACCCCUCGUCCCUGCCCUAUGACCCUGAAUUUGGUGGCCUGCCACUCCAGAAUCACCAAGGGCCCCAGAUGAACCCGGAAAUGAACAGUCUUGGGGCAGGCAGCAUGAGCCUGGCCAACAACAUGAGCAUGGGUAACUUCCGUGGACACAUGAAUAUCCCGCCACCUAUCAGUCACAUAUUGAACACGCUGCAGCAGCAGGCCCAGGAAACCAGGGAUCCAGUUAUCCAGAACCUGCAGGGGAUGUUGACCAAUGUGUUGCAAAACACAAAUCCACAAGACAGUGGCAUGCUGAUGGAGAGGAUACUGAAUGCUCUGGAACCAUUCAAGAACCAGAUUCCAG